UUGCAGUUUGUAUAGAUAAAAAUAGUGAGAUAAAAAGUAUGAGGUUCACUGGAUUGCGACGCGCCAUUCAUGCUCUUGUUAUGGGACCUCCUGGAUCAGGGAAAGGAACCGUUUCGACGAGAAUACGGAGAGAUUUUGACAUGCAUCACAUAUCUAGUGGAGAUCUAUUGAGAAGUGGAAUAAUGAACAAUGCAAAACAUGCUACCAUGGCAAAAGAGUAUAUUGACACUGGAAAGCUUGUUCCUGAUGGUGUUAUGGUGUCAUUGGUUCUUUCACAGCUAAAAAAUAUUCCGUCAUAUACCAGUUGGGUGUUAGAUGGUUUUCCUAGAACAUUAUUUCAGGCUGAAUCUUUGUAUCAUGGGGAAAGAAUCGACACAGUGAUCAAUCUUGAUGUUCCUUUUGAUACAAUCAUGGAACGUUUAAGUGGGAGAUGGACUCAUCUUUCGAGUGGUCGUGUUUACAAUGAAGGUUUCAAUCCCCCUCAUAAGCCAGGUUUCGACGACCUCACUGGCGAACCUUUGGUUCAACGGGAUGAUGACAAACCAGAAACGAUUCAUCAAAGGCAGAAAACUUAUGUGGAACAAACGCAGCCUCUGCUUGAUUUUUUUGAAGAAAAACAACUUUUGCAUUCCUUCAGUGGAACAGAAACUGACACGAUUUAUCCUCACAUCCUGGAAUAUCUGAAGACCUUACAUAAAACUCAAGAAAAAUCCGAGAAAUUUUAGUCUUCUACUAUAUUUUGUGCAUAUAAUUUUUAUAAUCAUUGUUUGAAUAAUUGUGCAUGCAAUUUCAUUUUAUUUUACCCACAGUUAACAUUUAUUUGAAUAUUAAUCUCGCUAGAUUCAAUUUUAACUUAUCAUGUUUUCACUGCAAUUAUUUACCUGCCCUAUUUGCUUUUGUUGGGUUCAUGGCAAUUUCUCAUUAGUUUAUUGUAGUUUAUUUAGAUUUGGAUUUCAGUAGUUUUAAUUGCAGUUUAACUAUCAUUCAUCCUACUGUAAUUUAUUAUACAAUUUUAGAAAUUUUUAUGGUGUUAAAUAGUUAAUUUAAUGGCAAUUUUAGCAAAUAUACUUUUUCACUUUUUAAAUUUCUUUUAAAAAAGGGUUAUGCCACUUUAACCAAAGCACACCCAUGUUAGAAAACCAUGACGCAAGUCGCUUAAUCAUUGUUUUUUUUAUUGUUAUUUUUUCUGUUGGUAUGUGGAAUGGGUGUUGCAAUGCAAAGUAUAUUUGCUUAGUAUAUAUGUAUAAGUGAGUAUGCAUAUCUCUCAACAUUGUCUACAUUGUAGAUGACUCUGUGCGGGUGCAAGUAAUUGUCCGUUCAAUAGCUAUUUUCCUGUGCAUGUAUAGGGUUACCAGUUCUUCGAUUUUUUUUUGGAAUGGGUUUUUAAACUGCGAUUAUGAUACCGUGUUUUCAAAUAGAUGUCAUUGGGUUGGUCUUAGAAAGUUUAAUAGUUUGGGACAAGUGUGAUGUUGAUAUUUUUGGCCCCAGGCAUAGCGGUGUGUAGUUUUUAUAGUGUAAUAACUUAAUUUAUGAGGGUGCUUUAUUUUGUACAAGCUAGCAACAUUGAUAAUAUGUGGAACUUUUGCAUUAAUUUUCUUCGUUAUUUAAAUUAGUAGUUACCGGUACCUCUUUGGGGUUGAUGGUUACCUGAAUGUUGUAUUGUUACAUUUACAAAAAAAACUUGGAUUCUAAAUAUUUGAUAAACAAUAUUAUAUUUUAUCUAAAAGCCGUCCGUUAUUCAUUAUAUGCCAAAAUGUAUAUAUUAAUUUGCAGUAAACUUUUUUCAAAAUUUAUUGAUAUAUUAUAGAUAGAUACUAAUUAAGAUGUAAAAAUUUGUUGAUGACCAAGGAAUGUUCAAAUUGAAUAAAACUAUUCGAAUAAUUCUGCUCAAAUAUAUCGGUAAUAUAUUCUUGGAUUCAAAAAAUUUAUGAAAUUCGACAAAUUAUUUUCAUACCAUAUAAUAUCUUACAUGCAAAAAAAAGGUCAUUGAUAAGUAGUGAUUGUAAUAAAUUAGAAAACCAAACCAAAUUAUGCAGAUCCACACUCAUAUAUUUCUAUAUAUUUUAAAAUUCUCGUUAUAUAUAAUAUAUUGAUUUGUGCAAACUUCUAUUAAAAAUAUUGGUAUACACUGAACAUGAUCAAAUUGAGAAUAUGUUCAAUAAAAUUUUUUCAAAAUAUAUUCGGAGGGAAAAUUUUUUUGAUUUUGGUGAUUUCUAUGUAUAAAUAAUCUCAUCAUUUUGCACCUUUCAAUUAUUACUAUGAAUCCUGUAUAUCAUUUUAUCAUAGCAUACACGAUUUGUAGCCAUUAUUUGCUGCUUUUAUAAAACUAAUCACUAUACCAAUAUGAGUGAAUUUAAUUUCUUUACACUUAUAUU